GAAAAAAACGCGGAAAAACUACAAUCUUGUUUUUUAUUUGCAAAAAAGCAGAAGAAAAAAUAUAAUAGCAAGCUGUAGAAACGAAUAACAAGCUGGAAAAUGAAUAGCAAACUGGAAUAAACAUAGUUUAUUUCGUUUUUAUUACAGAUAGGCCUUCAUAUUAAUAAAAUAAAUCAACUAUAUAAAUAAAAAGACAAGCGCGUUCCUCUGGUGUGUAUACUUCAUGUUUUAACUAUAUACAUAUUUUUAUUAAACAUUAUACGCCUACGCUUUACAAAAAAAAAAAAGCGCUUUGACCUAGCACAGAAAAAUAAUUUGGCACAGCCCACAGCCUGAACGUGAGCACGUAUGCUUAACCCGUGGCUGAUCUUUGGCCCUGAGUGUGUAGGUAAAUACAGAACUGCAGAUCAGAAAAGCAGCUCCUGAGUCAGUUGUCAUGGCUAAAAUCCAGGGCAUAGAUUCACAUAUUGUGAUUAUUGGAUGUGGUAUAGCAGGUAUAGGAGCUGCCCAAAAACUCACCAAAGACGGUUUUAAAAACAUUAAAAUAAUCGAAGCUACUGGAAGAAGUGGCGGAAGGAUUAAAACGACUACAUUCGGAAAUGUGAUAGUGGAGAUCGGAGCCAAUUGGAUCCAUGGUCCAUCAAAAGCAAACCCUGUGUUUCAGCUGGCCUGUGAGCACGGGCUGCUGGACGCCCAAGCCAUGUCAAAGGAAAACCAGGCGCUUGAUGUAGGAGGUCACCCCUCUUUCCAAUCUUCUUUUUACUCGAGUUCUGGAAAGAAACUCACACCAGACUUAACAGAGCCUGUGAGUCAACUUUUCUUGAAUCUUUUGGAAAAAAGUCGAGAGUUUUUCCAAACUGAAAAGGAGCCUUACCCCAGUGUUGGGGAGUUUCUAAAGAAGGAAAUUGCUAAACAUGUUGUGGAAUGGAAAGAUGAUGCAGAAACCAAAAAACUGAAACUGGCCUUGCUGACCAUGAUGCUGAAAUUGGAGUGCUGUGUCAGUGGAACUCAUAGUAUGGAUCUGGUAGGACUUGGAGCUUUUGGGGGGUACAAAACACUGCCUGGCCUUGAUUGCACUUUUCCUGGGGGCUAUGAAGGUCUUAUAGAUGCCAUGAUGAAAGGACUACCAGAAGGCAUUGUAUCGUACAACAACCCAGUUAAAUGUGUCCACUGGAACGGGUCAUUCAGAGGUGCAAACUCUCCAGAGCAGACAUUCCCUGUGAUAGUGGAAUGUGAAAAUGGAGAAACUAUCCCAGCAAACCAUGUCAUUGUCACUGUUCCAUUAGGUUAUCUCAAAGAGCACUAUGAGACACUUAUAAAGCCUCCACUACCUCUUAGUAAAGUGCACUCUAUUCAAAGGAUGGGCUUUGGGACAAAUAAUAAAAUAUUUCUGGAGUUUGAGGAGCCCUUCUGGGAGCCUGACUGUGAGGUGAUUAAUCUAAUUUGGGAGGAUGAGACUCCCCUAGCUGAUGUGAAGCCUGAUGUUAAUCAGUUCUGGAUGAAGAAAAUCUUUGGUUUCACAGUCCUGCAUCCACCUGAAAGAUAUGGUCAUGUUCUCUGUGGCUGGAUUGCAGGCCAUGAAUCUGAAUACAUGGAGACCCUUUCCGAUACAGAAGUUAAAAACUACAUGACGGAGGUCAUUCGCAAAUUUUCAGGAAAUCCAUCAAUUACCCCAAAGAGGAUUCUUCAAUCGAAAUGGCACAGCGACCCAUACACUAAAGGUUCUUACAGCUAUGUGGCAGUUGGGUGCUCAGGAAGUGACAUAGAAAACAUUGUACAGCCACUCCCAUUGCAAGAAACAGAUACAAAGCCUUUGCAGGUCAUGUUUGCUGGAGAAGCCACGCAUUCGUCAUUUUAUUCAACUACCCAUGGUGCCUUGCUGUCCGGCUGGAGAGAAGCAGACAGACUGAUCACUCAUUACACUCAGUCUCCUCGAAUAUCUCAGAACUUCAGUUCAAAGCUGUGAACACUAUACGUUACAUAUCCAAUGAAUUCCUGGCAGAGGGAGAGAAUAAAGAAUGAAACAUUUUUAAAUUUGAUUUAAAAGAUAUAAUUUUCUGAAAUUGAUAUACCAAUAAAUAGAAAUGUUUUAAAUAUUCUUUCAUAAAUUGUUCUUAUAACAGGCUGCACUCCUGUUUUAUCCUUGGUAAUUCACAAAUGUUAUACAAUAAUAAAGAAAAACACCAUCUAUAA